GACGUGGACGCUCGAUCGACAACAGUCUGAACUCCGGGAAGCAGUUUCUCAAGAGGUUGGCGUGUCGCCAAGCUCCGGAGAAGACAUGGCAUACAGAAAAAAAUCGGGUGCUUGCUGCCGUGUACCCAACUCGGCUGACAUAGAAGUCAAUGAAGCUUGUCAUAACCCUCCUUACCUGGACCUUGGGGGGCGAGGCCAGCAGAGGGGCCAAACCAUCGUGUUUCUGGAGGGAGUCCUGCAGAGGACCAAGCAGCUCGCAGAGGUCCUGGAAUGGCUGACUGCCACACAACAAUCCAUACGGAGCCUGAAGGAACAGGGCGAGGCCACUGGGGAGGAUGUCGCCUCCACGUGUAUCAGCAACACCAAGAACAAUUUAGAGAAAUCCCUGACUGACGUGGACAGCUGCAUUCAGGAUUUGGAUUACAUCUGCGGCCGGCUUUUUAAUGUGGAAGUCACAGGGACAAAGAAAGAUGAAUCUGCUCUGAACAUGAGUGGGGACUGGAUGUGGUGGAGGGAGAAGACGAUGGAUGCUAAAACAGUCAAAUGCAUCCAAUUCCACCAACCCCCGUCUGUGGAAGACGUGUUGAAUGAACCAUGUCUGGCUAUUAAAUCGUCUACCGAGCUCUCCUUCAUGCUGCAAGACAUUGUCAAUUCAAUGGACUUAAACAAACCAAUGAAGACUGCUUUCAGGUUUGCCAAGCUCGGCCUUCACAAUUUGAACCAGGCUCUUCAGGCACGUACCAUAGAAUCCAGGCGUCGGCAGGCCGAGGUGGAGGAGCUGAGGAGGGCCGACUGCCGCUUGGAAAUGGCUCAGCUAAACAUAACAUUUCUAGCCUCAAAGCUCAAGCUAUCUACCAUGGAGGCGGAAUUGUCAUCUUGCAAAGGGCAGAACCUUGCUCUUUUAUCAGAAAUCCAAGAAAUGCAGCAAAAUUGCAUAACCACACAUCAACAGAAGCCUUUGCCUGAGGUCUCUCCACAAGAAAUUUGGAACGUUUCAUCUUCCAAGCAGAACACAGAAACCCUCUCAACCAGGCGUAGGCUACCUCCAUCCCCUCGUAAAUCUCUGAGCCAGACUGCUGAGACGGCCCAACACAUGGCGGUCGUGGAGGAGGAGUUUGUUUAUGAAGAAAGAAAAACUGAGAAAGAGCAAUCCAUCAUAGAUCAGCUGGAGAAGAAGUGCGCAAACCUCCUCAAAGAGUUCGAGAAUUCAGUGUUUAAAAUGAUUGAUAAAUGCAGGAAGGGCGGUGGGAUGGACAACAAGGCCCUCGAUCUGGUUCAGGUCCACAGCGUCCUCCAGUCCAUUAUCAAAAGCUCCUUCCAAGAACUGGUCUAUCAUCUGGAUGACAUGGUGACAGAAAGUAUUGUGACAGAAUACUCAAACAACUCCCAGACAGAAUACUCAAACAACUCUCAGACAGAAUACUCAAACAACUCCGGGAUGUCUCCGGGUUACCUGCUGCAUGAUCUGAGUGAAGGCCUAAAGCAGCACGAGAGGUCUAUGGAAGAGACAAGCCAUACAAUUGAUGGCUUAUCCAGAUCAAAGCAACAAAAUCUUGUCAACAUUAAGGGUCAAUCUGUUCGCCAUGCCCUGGGUUCUGUGAUGGCUCAGCUGAGGAACGUUAACGACAAGGGCAAGAAGCAGAUAUGUAAAAUGCGUGAACAAACACCAGAAAGCGUGAUGGAUGAGCACAGCAAGACGAGUAUCUUCCGGGAUAUAGAUAAGAGUUUGGCCUUGAAAAAGUCCAGUCUCUUUCUGAUGGCUAUUGGAACUGAGCUACCGGUAUCUCCAAAGUUGUCUGACAUCAAGACCAGGGAAGUGGGGGAGGAGAAAGUGAACCACGUGUGCCGCUACAUUAAGGAGAUGGCGGCCAUAGCGGAGGAGCGGGUGAAGGAGGAGAAAGCGCUUCAGGGGAGAAGGAAUGACCAUAUCUGGGUCCUCCUCAUCGACUCACAGAGGACCAACCUGAAGCUCCUCUCACAGGCGGCGAACAUUGGAGGCAUCUCGGGCGAGCUGUACAAGCUGAGCAAAGACCUCAUCAUGGAUGCUUUUUGUAGUAUUGAGCAGAGGAUGGCUUUUCUCUGUCGCAGGUUCAUAAGACGCCGAGCUCUGAGAGACCUCAGAAAGCAGCUGAAUGCCAGAUUCCUCCGGGCUAAGGACUUGGAGGAUGGGCGUUCUUUAAAAUGCUUGUACUCAGCCUUCCAGAAGCUGGAUAGUUAUGAGUCAGACGUGUUGGGACGAUGGCACAAGAGACAAGUUUCCAUCGAACGCAAGCGUUCCAUCCGCAUCGCAGAGAUGCGUUACUUAUUUCCUCAGGCUCAGUGGGAGACUGAUAAGUCACUGCACGGCAUGAGGCUGGCCGGGGACACACCGCUGGCCACACCCGGCAGUCCCUGCCACAUCCCCCGAUUGCUGGAGCUGAACGUGAAUGGGCGCGGGAUUGGUGCACAGGGCGCCCUUCAGGACAGGUGA